AUGGCGCAAACGAGUGUAGAUCCGGCGCGAAACGGAGGCGUGAACCACGGCAUGCAAGAAGUAUUGGACUUGAGCAUAUUCAAUCUUGAGAUGGCCGAGCGACUGGGCAACGAACAAGGAAGACGUUUGAGGAAGAGGCAUAGGCGUCGUGGUCCCGUUUGGCAGAGGCAGUGGUACGAGCAGGCAAUGUCUGGGCCAGGACAACCUUCGCUACGCAUACUACUUGCUACCGAGCAAGAAUACACUCAUGAGAGCUUCUGGGAUAUCGAGAAGAAGAUGCCACACAAGUGGGAUUCGUCUUCAAGUGGAAAGACAAAGCUCCAAAGAGCCAGGGAGAGCUCAGCAUGA